AAUGAAGUUGUCAUUGUCGUUUUAUUUAAUUAGUAUAUUCAUGUUCCUGCAUAUUGCAAUUGCAAGUCACACGACAUUUGUUGAUGGUGUUGGUGGAUUUUAUCAAUUUGCUAGCGAAUCUGCUUCAAAUCAAAUAGCGACCGAUACAGCCACCGAGCCACAAAAGAAUGGCGCAGGAAAGGUCAAUGCUCGUAAUAGUGGAUUUAUGAUGGUUUUGGCAUUCAUAGGCUUACUAUAAAGUUUGGAAUCUAUAUAGAUUGUAUUUCAAUGGAGGUAUAAUACUGGUAUUUUAGAUUCAUUGAUAUUUAGUUAACACAAAGAAUACAUAGAAAGAAUUUAUCAAGAAUAACAUUAAGAUAUUUGUAAAUUCCAACAGGAAAAGUUUCAAAUUCACAAUCACGAGACUCUUUGACACUUAAUAUACUGUAUUGGGCCUCAGAGCACAGAGGUUCAAAGUUGAAGGGUCAACUCUGAAAGUUCUCCCCUUAUGGAAACAAGAUUUAUUUUUAGAGGUAACUAGUAGAUCUGGAUAGUAAUAAAAAUUGAAAAAUUAUAGGGUUUUUGCACGCCAAUUUUACCGCUAUACAUACUAUGUAAUUUGAUUA